CGGAGUACCCGGUGAGAACCCACGCACGCACGGGGAGAACAUGCAAACUCCAUGCAGAGAGACCCCCGGCCGGGAAUCAAACCCAGAACCUUCUUGCUGCAAGGCAACAGUGCUACCAACUGCGGCACCAUGCAGCCCUUUUCUCUAAUUGGUCUGAUGAAUUUUAUGUUUUUGAUAUUAAAACAAGCCUUAAAACUAGAGGAUAGGUAAUGUGUUUAAAUGGGUUGUAUUUACAAGCAUUACUUAUCACUGGGAAGGCUGUUAUUUAGUAAUUUUGGUGGUACUGUAUAACAUUUACGAGAAUCCCAUGGGGAUACACACACACACACACACACACACACACACUGAGUCCCAUCCUGGAGGACACCGUCUGUCUCCCUUCUCCACUCCCCGUUAGCCCCGGCAGCUAGCUGCAGCUCUCCAGGCCACGGCGGCCGCUCCGGUGUCGUUGCAGCAUCCACAGCCUCCAGCCAUGGCGUUGGUAACACUGCAGCGGUCCCCGACCCCGAGCGCCGCGUCCACCGCCAGCACAGCAACCACGACUGCGGGGGAGGACUUUGGGAGUGAAGAUGAACGGCGAAUAAACCAGAGCUUGAGCGAGAGCUUCUUCAUGGUGAAGGGCGCCGCUCUCUUUCUGCAGCAGGGAAGCUGUCAGCAGGGCCAAAAAGCACAUCCUCCUCACAAACAUGCAGGUGAACUACCUCAACACCUGCAGGUGAUGAUAAAUAUUCUCCGCUCAGAGGACAGAAUCAAACUGGCAGUGCGUCUGGAGAGUGCAUGGUCGGAUCGAGUCCGGUAUAUGGUGGUGUUGUAUACUAGUGGUCGACAGGAUACAGAGGAGAACAUCCUUUUGGGAAUUGACUUCACCAACAAAGACUGUAAAAGCUGUUCAAUUGGCAUGGUGCUACCUCUUUGGAGCGAUACCAAGAUCCAUCUGGAUGGAGACGGGGGCUUCACUGUGAACACAGCAGGUCGGACUCAUGUCUUCAAACCUGUGUCAGUGCAGGCUAUGUGGUCGGCAUUGCAGGUGCUGCACAAGGCUUGUGAGGUGUCACGCAGGUUUAACUACUUCCCUGGAGGCAUGGCUCUCACCUGGAUGGGGUACUAUGAAAGCUGUAUUGCUUCUGAGCAGAGCUGCAUCAACGAGUGGAAUGCCAUGAAAGACUUGGAAACCACACGGCCAGAGUCACCCAUCAUGUUUGUCGAUAAGCCUUCAGAGAGGGAAAGGACCGGGUACCUUAUUAAAUCCAAACUCAGAAGCAUUAUGACGUCCCAGGAUCUUGAGAACGUCACCUGCAAACAGAUCCGAACUGAGCUGGAGCAGCACAUGAACUGCAACUUGAAAGAGUACAAGGAGUUCAUUGACAACGAGAUGCUGCUGAUCCUCGGCCAGAUGGACAAAGCCACUCUCAUUUUUGACCAUGUCUAUCUGGGAUCUGAAUGGAAUGCAUCUAAUCUGGAGGAGCUGCAGGAGUCGGGGGUGGGCUACAUCCUCAACGUUACCAGGGAGAUAGACAACUUCUUCCCAGGGACCUUCUGUUAUCACAACAUCCGCGUCUAUGACGAAGAUGCCACGGAUCUGCUCGCUCACUGGAAUGACACGUAUAACUUUAUCAUGAAAGCAAAAAAGAACGACUCCAAGUGUCUCGUCCACUGCAAGAUGGGUGUCAGUCGCUCUGCCUCCACCGUUAUUGCUUAUGCCAUGAAGGAGUACGGCUGGUCCCUGGAGAAAGCGUAUAACUUUGUGAAACAGAAGAGGAACAUCACACGACCCAACGUGGGUUUCAUGAGGCAGCUGGCAGAGUAUGAGGGCAUUUUAGACGCCAGCAAACAGCGGCACAACAAGCUGUGGCACCCAGACGCAGACUGUGAGAUGGCAGAGGGUCAGCAGGGGUUGGCUCAGUGCUGUGGAGGGGAGGAUGGAGGGGAUUCUACUGCAGAGCCAGGGAUGUCCCCCUGCUGUGAGGAGGCAUCAUCUGACAGCGGUGCAGCGUGCCCCUCCCAAUGCAGGACUGUUGCUCUAGACAUCGACCCCGCCUAUAACAACUACUACUUUCGCCGGCUCUCCGACUCGGCUCUUGACAGCGAACCAUCAACACCUGUGCGUGGCCCUCCUCUUCUCGGCAUGGAAAAAGUCUUUAUAGAAAUCGAGGAUGUGGAGAGAGAUGCCCUGCUAGAUGACGAGGCUCUUGAUGGGCGGGAAGGGCUGCCGCUCCCUCAUUUUGGAACCACAGCGGAGGGCACUGCCGCUCAGACUUGCAGCAGGGGGCUCGAACCCCUGGAAGAGCUGCGGUUGAGGUUGGAGUUCAGUACAGUGGAGGAGGAGGACGAGGAGGAAGUGCAAAAGGAGGAGGCAGAGAUGGAGGUUUUAAUGCAGCCAGAUGACAGAAGGGGCAGUGAAACUCAUGAUGUGGAAGUUGAGGGGGAUGCCGAGGGGAUUGGGAUGGAUCUUGCAUCCCUUAAUGAAAAUUCAAAUAACAACAACCAUUUGAACCUUCUACAAAACCACAGCGACAAACCUUCCUUCCUCCUUCAUAGAGAUGUUUCAGUGAUGUCUGGGUCUCAUCAGAAAGAGCAUUCUUCCACUCCAGCCCCUGAGCUUUGCCUUAACACCUCCCCUCCUUCCGAAGUCCAAAGUGCUUCAUUGCUUUGUUCUCAAACAUCUAAUGAAGGCUCCUCAUCUUCUAUGGGACUGCUGAGCCCCUGUGGUCCUCUGUGUGACUGUGCCAACUGUGCAGCCUCUGCCAUUGCUCUGCUUUCCGUAGAGGAACAGACAUGUCACAAACCACUGCAGUUAGUGAAGACUGAGGACAGUCUCAAUUUGUUCCAGAUGAAGACUGAGCUUCAAAACAGCCCGUGUGAAUCUGCCUCAGAUGUUCUCCCUGAGUUGAUGAGUGCAGAUUUUGAGGAAGAGACACCUGCAGUGGUUUGUUGUCCUGGUCAACAGCAAGAGAGCCUUUUGCAGCUGCGUCGGCCUGGGCUGGUCCGGCGUCAGGCAGAGAAGCUUGAGAGACUUACAGGAUUGUCAUUAGAGGAAUGCCAGAGGUCUAAGAGGUGCUCCUCUCACAGUGAGGAAAACGAGGAUUUCUCCAGCUUUACGAGGGAUUUUGCUAAAACUUCAACCCCUUGCCAAGUGCGGUUAGAGCCACUGGUAGUACCACUGACCAAUGAAGCCUUGUUGGGGGUGGUUGGCUCAGGGCUUCUCACGCCCACUUCCUCACCUCACGGCUCCACGCUGACACGCAGCUCUAGCAGCGACAGCCUGCACAGCAUCCGGGGGAAACCCGGCCUUGUACGUCAGAGGGCGCAGGAGAUCGAAACCCGCAUGAGGCUGGCAGGUCUAACCGUGCCCUCGAGGCUGAAGCGGUCCAACUCGCUGGCCAAGUUGGGCAGCCUCAAUCUCUCCUCCGAUGACCUGUGUUCGGUAUGUUCUUCAGAUGCAGGGACGCUGCUGCUCCUCUCGCUCUCCCCUGAGCCGGACCAAGGCCUGGAUUGGGACUCCCCAACCACCUUGUCACUGUCCAGACCCCGCAAAGAUCUGCAUACUCCAGAGAGAGCACUUCUAGGUGAGCCCAGAAGCUGACAACUCAAGUGGAACCCAAAUAUUUGUUUGCGCCACUCGCCUUCCCUUCUGUCGUGCCAUGGGGCUGGAAAGGGCUGCACCCAUUUUGGAGACAAGCGAGUCAAAACUGAGCAAAGAAAAACUCAAAAACAAUGCCACCUCUUACACAAGAAGGCCACGAUGUUUCUCAAACUGCUGUUCACAGUGAUCAAAGUCAUACUGCUGUGUCUGACAAACCUGUUAAGCCAUCAGAUCACCUAUAACUCUGAAUCACAAACAAGUGCCUUACCCAAGAGACCUGAGGCACAGAUCUGCAUGCUGAGACGGUACGAGACGGUUUGUAACCUUUAACCUGGUUUCCAGCGGCUCAUUCUUUACCUGUCAAGUACAAAGUUGUAGCCUGUGUUGAAGAACUUGAAUUCCUCAGAGAGCUUCACAGAAACCAAGAGUUAGGUUUGGUGAAAGCAGAGUUGUUUAUCUGAUUUCUUUUUUUUUUUUAGUCACCUCUUGUUGCAUUCAGCAAGCUCUUGUCCAGAAAAACAACAGGCCAAUAUUUGAUUCAGGAUUUUUGAAGUGUGGUUCUGUAAUAAAGUUAUAAACGGUUAAUAUUUUACUUUCAAUAGAUACAGUAACUCUGUUGGAGUCUUGAUUUAGUACGUUGUACAGUAACGCCCAGCAUUACGCAUACUCCUGACAGAUUUAGUUUUUCUUUCUUUCAACCAAAUAAUUGGUUUCUAAUAGGAAGUCUGUCAUAGUUUUUCAAAGUCUUUUGGCCCACAUGCAAGAGAACUCUCAGGAGAAAAUACAGGUUUGAAAGGUUUAUUGAGGACAGAAUUAGUUGACUGGUGGAUCUCGGGAAGGGUGUGCAGCAGCAGCUUAAAGUAUUUUGCAGAGGGGAGAUGGGUCCAGGGGUAGGCUUGUGCAGGGGGCUGCGUUUCAACAGUAACUUAGCUGUGGGGCAUCAGAGGGCGGACAGGUCACUUUGGUGGUUCUGAUGGUUAGAGGAGCUCAGCUGAACAUGGAAGUGGUUGUACCUGGGUUAAUGUCAGGAGGAUGUCCGAAAUCUGAAUCCAGAGAUUCUUUCUGAAAACCUGAUCCAGGGGAGAACUCAGGAGGAUACUUUGGAGAGGAGUGGACAAGAAAGUUAGCUUUAGCCAGGGAACAAGCACUAGGAACUUGCUAGAGAUACGCAAAGGGCUAGAGGUGCCACAUGGGUUGACACUCAGGCAGAAUGAUCAGUCGGCUCCUCAUAUUCUUCAGCAAAUGAAUUUGAUUAGGAUCAGGUGUGCAGAAGAACAAUGCUCAGCCUUGACCUCCAGGGAAACUGCAGCUCAGACAGGGAAAACAGAUGACCUCAUAAACACAAAUAACCCUAGAUCCUUGACAAAAAAUCAUAAAGCAAUGUAAAUCAAGUAUCCCGUUUGGACAAAAUACUUUUUAAUCUGUCUUUGUUGACAUUUAAAAUGUAUUUAUACAAUUCUUAAUAAUCAGUGGAAAUAUCUUUAUUGACAAUACAGCAAUCAAACCCUCACAGUAAUUUGAGUAGCUCUUUGCAUGUUAAUACUGGUAUUUUGAUGAUUUAUCUUUGGUGAUGAGCUCCACGUCUUUGAGGUUGGAAGAUCUUCUUGCCAUCACCCUAAUCUUUAGCUCCCUCCACAGAUUCUUUCAGAUUCAUGUCAGGAGUCUGGCUGGGCCGCUCCCAAACAUUGAUAUUACUCCCAGCCAGAAGAAACAUGUUGGUAAAAUUAAACGAUUGUUUCAACUUAAAUCUGACAGAGGGUUAAAUAAUUAUUCGUCUAACUGUAAAUCCAGAUGACUUGAUCCUGGAGGAUGAAACUCGUCCUAGAGUCGCCGAGACCAAAGUGGACUUCUGCUGUCCUAAAACAACUCCUGAAAAUAUUAUAGUUUAUAUAAAGUUUAUACAAAUAUUUAUUAUUUUAAGAACCUUUUAAACAGGAUUUCUACAGUCUUAAAAAGUCUUACAUUUAAUUAUGUCAACUUUAGGCCUUUUUAAGGUUGUAUUUUUUCCAAGUUUUCAGUACUUGGUCUUAAUUGUAAUUUUGUCAUGUCUAAUAGGUUUCAUAUUUAAAUUGUAAUGGUCAUUAAAAGUCUUAAAUUAAAAUUCAUUGGAGCUUACAGAAUCCUGUUGGGGUGUUAUUUACCCUAAACUGAUGAUUAUUUUACAGGAAACUGAGAUAGGAGGUGGUGUGCCACCAUGAGCUUCCCCUGUGAAACAAGAGGGAAACAUGUAAAGAAACGAAUAAAAGCGGUGUUAAAACCACAUUAUUAUGUAAUUUUAAGCAAACACAGUUUUGGCAAUCAGACAGUUCUCCUGACAGGAAACCUUCACAUGUUCCAUUCUCAGUACAUGUUUCACACAGGAAGAUCAUUGGUGGUGCGCCGCCUCCCACCUCCGGUUCCUUUGACACCAAGAGAGUUAUCUACUACACGUAAGAUAUUAACUGCAUGUAGCCUUUUAACAGAACCUCUGCUCUAAAAUUCUGAACUAUUCCUUUAAUUGAAUUUCUUUCAGUGAUGCUGGGUUAAAGUAAGGACAUUUCUGUUUGUUUUAAACUAAUGUGUAAUGUAGUACACGGGUCUAUGAGUGAGUGAAUGGGAUGGGAUUGGAAAGAGAAGGCUGGAGCCUUUGUCGAGGCAUACUUGCUGUUUUCAAAAAAGAACAGAAACCCUUCUGGGUUUUUUGUUACUUUUGCACUGCUUUUUGUUAUGGAGUCAAUUCUGGCGGACUAUCUUCCAAAAUAACAUUGGAGUAAUGUUAUUAACCUCAUCAUUUCCUACAAUUAACAAUAUUUGUGGGAGCGUAGUGACAAGGAGUCAUUCAGCCUGGCUUGAUAUCAAAAUAAAAAUGGCUAGUAUGAGAGCCAAAUAUUACAUCUGUGUGAACAUUUCUGACAUAUAAAGAUGAAUCCAGUGUAAACACUAUCUGUAAGCAUUCUUUGGCUCAAAUUUACUUAAAAUGCUGCCAAUGUUUUUAUGCUCAUUCGUGCUUUUUUGAAAUGUGGAAGACCAAAGUUGUUUUUGGCGUCUUAACAAAUUGAAGGCUGUAAGAAAUAUGUGAAUCCUAAUGUCAAUCGCGUACAUAUUUAAAUGCUGUUGCCUCUUUCUGCACCUUUCGGAGUAGUGAAAGAAAAUCUGAGAAGUCACAGGGCUCAUUGCUGUUAAGCUUUUAUGCUCAUAUCAUCAGUGAGUUUUAAAGCUUUUGUGACAGCGUUCACAACAGGUUACUUCACACGUUUUUGUAACCUUUUUGUUUUUAUAUUUUAAUUAUGCAGUCGUUUUUGUACUGUACAUUGCUGUAGUUUUAAUGCAUAUUGCACUUUUUAUGUUGGUAAGAAAAUAAUGUACUGUAUGUGAUAAUUAUGGAAAUAAAAACCUGUUUUACAUAA